AUGGAUUCCUACAACGACCUCCUGAGCAUCGUAGUGGAUUUGGGUUUCGAAAACACCAAAAUUGGCUACGCGGGGGACGAAAACCCAACGAACAUAUUUAGCUCAAAUGUGGGGGUACCACUCGAUCUGGAGAUCAAAAUAAAAAACGAAAUUUAUAAGAAAUGUCUUUGCACCAAGGGAGAGUUUUACCAAUUCAACCUUAUCUACCCCCUGUGUUAUUUGGAGGCGCUGGAGGACACCAAAGUGAAGCCUUGUCUCUACCUGGACAGCAAGAACCACUUUGAUGUGAACGAAGAUGUGUUCGAAAAAAUCCUUUUUAUGAAUGUGAACGGGGGUCGGUGUGUUCACAAACUGUUGCAGGAGAGGGUUAAGGUGUUCAUAGGCAACAAGCUGCAGAAGCAGAGCGAUAUGGCCGGCGAGUUCGUCGAUAAGGGAGACGUAGCGGCGGGAGAAGCGGGAGAAGCGGGAGAAGGGGCAGAAGCGGAAGGAGGGGAAGAAGCGGAAGAAGGCAAAGAAGAACAACCGCAACCGCAACAGCAAUCAGAAGCACCAGAACGAUGGGGCGGCAAAGGCGCCGAGGGGCCCCCCCAAAGGGAAGACCCCAAGUCGAAGGAGCUAAAGACGCUGAAAAAGUGGGCGGAAGAAAACAACUACUUCGACAUCAACCUAGUCGAAAACAAACUGAUAGAUGUGAAUGGCAUAAGGAGCAUGAUAAAUAAUCACAACAAUGUUAGUUGUGGGCUAAAUGAAAAAAUGGAAAAAUUCCCAUACCUAUUCUCACUACCCAACAAAAGAAAUCAACAAAUAAAAAAAAAAAUAUCAGAACUUUUAUUCGAAAAAUAUAAAGUACCUGCCUUAUAUUUUAACUCCAAAUCGGUAUUAUCAGGAUUUGCCUACAACAAAAAUGUGUGUUCAGUAGUGGACAUAGGGUCUUGUUACACAGACUUCUCCCUAUGUAAUGAAGGAGGUAUAGAAGAUAAAAAUUACAAAAUUUACAAUAUAGGAGGUUCAACAAUAGAUUUUUUCCUAGAAGAACUGCUAGAAAAACAUAAUAAGGAAUACUGUAUCCCAUAUUACGAGUUUAUAUAAAUGAAUUUUAAUGAAAAUUUAAAUAUAUAUAUUUUGCCAGAUGGGCAAAAUAUUAACAUUACGAAAUUUAAUAAUAUAGCAUGUGAAAUAUUUUUUACUCCGUCUUUAUUAUAUAACACCAAGUUGAGUCAUCACCUGAGCAAUUUAUUUAUCAAAGGAGAUCAAUUCGAAGGAGUCUCCACCACUCUGUUUAAUAUGCUUAAUGGGAAUAAUGCAAAGGAGAAGGAAGAGUUGAGAUUUAUUAAAGAGUUCAACCAGUUGGACAUUCUUAACAACUCAAGUUUACCAAAUUUCCAGGUGCUCACUCAUGGGAAGUACGAUAAGCAGUAUUCUUCUUGGAAGGGUGGCAGUAUUCUUUCUUCCUUCAGAAAUUUCAACUCCUUUUUUGUUACGCGGCGGGAGUACGAGGAGUUCGGGAUCGACAUCGUCAACCGGAAGUGCUAG